UACAGGGUUUACCGGCCUCUCGGCGGCAGGCACGCCGGGUAGGGUGGACAGGUUGGACUCUGUGUCAGGGAGAGAGGGGCGCCAACAGUGGGUUUCAGGGUCCCAUUUGCGACGCGCCCGACGGCCCAGCGCGAGUCCGGAGCUCCGUCAUGGGCCCGGGGCCCCCGGCGAACGAAGCAGGGGCGCCCCCGCGGCCGCUAUCCCUGGCGGCCCGGCUGAGCUACGCCGUGGGCCACUUCCUCAAUGACCUGUGCGCGUCCAUGUGGUUCACCUACCUGCUGCUCUACCUGCACUCAGUGCGCGCCUACAGCUCGCGCGGGGCUGGGGUGCUGCUACUGCUUGGCCAGGUGGCCGACGGGCUCUGCACGCCCCUGGUGGGCUACGAGGCCGACCGCGCCGCAGGCUGCUGCGCCCGCUACGGGCCGCGUAAGGCCUGGCACCUGGUUGGCACCACCUGCGUCCUGCUCUCCUUCCCCUUCAUCUUCAGCCCCUGCCUGGGCUGUGGCGCGGCCACGCCCGAGUGGGCCGCCCUCCUCUACUACGGGCCCUUCAUUGUCAUCUUCCAGUUUGGCUGGGCCGCUACGCAGAUUGCCCACCUCAGCCUUAUCCCCGAGCUCGUCACCAAUGACCAUGAGAAGGUGGAGCUCACAGCUCUCAGGUACGCCUUCACCGUGGUAGCCAACAUCGCCGUCUAUGGAGCCGCCUGGCUCCUGCUCCACCUGCAGACCUCUUCACAUGCGGGGUCCACACAGGACAUCAGUGACCAGCUGGGGAUCCAAGAUGUGCCAGUGUUUCGGAACCUCUCCCUGUUGGUGGUGGGCGUCGGAGCUAUCUUCUCACUGCUGUUUCACCUGGGCACCAGGGAAGGGCGCCGGUCACUGGUGGAGGAGCCAGAUGAACACAGCCCCCUGUUGGCCCCCACCACAGCCCGCCCCUUGCUGCUCUGGAAACACUGGCUUCGGCAGCCGGCCUUUUACCAGGUGGGCUUCCUGUACAUGAGCACGAGGCUCAUUGUGAACCUGUCUCAGACGUACAUGGCCAUGUACCUCACCUACUCCCUCAACCUGCCCAAGAAGUUCAUCGCCACCAUCCCGCUGGUGAUGUACCUCAGUGGUUUCUUCUCCUCCUUCCUCAUGAAACCUGUCAACAAGUGGAUUGGGAGGAACGUGAGUGUGGGGAUCAGCGGGGGACAGGGGGAGAUGCCACAGGCAGGAACCCUCAGAACUCAGAUGCACAGAACACAGAUGACUUACUUCGCGGGCCUGCUGGUAAUCCUGGUCUUUGCAGCCUGGGUGGCGCUGGCGCAUGAGCUGGGUAUGGCUGUGUACGCCGCAGCGGUGCUGCUGGGCUUGGGCUGUGCCACCAUCCUCGUCACCUCGCUGGCCAUGACCGCCGACCUCAUCGGUCCCCACACGCACAGUGGAGCCUUUGUGUAUGGUGCCAUGAGCUUCUCAGAUAAGGUGGCCAAUGGGCUGGCAGUCAUGGUCAUUCAGAGCCUGCACCCCUGUUCCUCCGAGCUCUGCUGCAAAGCCUGUGUGGGCUUCUACCACUGGGUGAUGGUGGCUGUGACAGGUGGCGUAGGCAUUGCCGCCACCCUCUCUGUGUGCAGUCUCCUCAUCUGGCCCAUCCGCCUGCGGAGCUGAGCCCCUGGAGUCCAACUCUGACAUUUCCCCACGGCCUCCUGCCCUAUGCAAAAAAGUUCAACUGUGCACAUUCCAGCCCCUGCUCCUCGGGUCCCCACCCCUCCCCUUCCUUGCCUGGCUGCAGGGAUGGUGGGUGAGGACAGGAUGGGCUGGACUCAUCUCUGCUGGGGUGGGACACCUAGCUGGGCCCUCUGGUAUCCAGGGGUCUAUGGGUCUUCAUGGGUUUGGGGGUGCCCAAGCCUAACUCUAAUGGAUGACUUGGGGUGCCCCCAGUUGCACAGGGGCAGGAUGUGAAGGUCUUGGGGCCCUGGGGCUGCCCCAAGCUCAGCCCCAGCCCCACCUCACUCCCAGCACAGCUGAGGUCUCCAGGGCGCUGCUGACAGUGAACAGAGCCACUCUCAGGGAGGACGGGUCCCAGCUGUCUACCUGGCCCCGGAAUGCUGAGGGCAGCAGGGACCCCUGUCCAGGACCUCUGGCUAGUGACUCUCUUUCCCUGACUGACCAGUGCCCCGAUCCCCAGACAAGGACAGACAUCCAGGGACAGAUGCAGCGUUCCCACAGAGGGACAGUCUUUAUCAGACUGCAGAUGUGUAGUGGGGUUGGAGUCGCUGACCAGUGGAUGGGCAGUAGGGUUCCAGGUCCCACUGCCGGUAGUUCUGGGCCGUGUAGCUCGGGCGCUGCGGUGCCGACAGAUAGGGCACGUAGUCUGAGGCCGGCCCCAGCAGCUCCACCCCGUACUGGUGCCUGUUGACCACUGUGGGGCAGGACUCAGGUCACUGCAUGGGUCCGGCUUCCUGGACCCAGACAGUUUUACC